CUUUGAUUCAGUAGUUUCAUCAGCUAUAUGGAACCAAGAAACAAAACACAUGCUUCCGAAUUUAUCCUCCUGGGACUCUCAGAAGAGGAGGGACUGCAACCCCUCCUUUUUGGGAUUUUCCUGUUCAUGUACCUGGUCACCUUCCUUGGGAAUCUUCUCAUCAUCCUGGCCAUUAUCACUGACUCCCACCUCCACACACCCAUGUACUUCUUCCUCUCUAAUCUUUCUUUCGCAGACAUCUGUUUUACCUCAACUACCAUCCCAAAGAUGCUGCUAAAUAUCAAGACACAAAGCAAAGCCAUAACCUACGAAGGUUGCCUUAUCCAGAUGUAUUUUUUCAUGCUUUUUGGAGGCUUGGACAACUUUCUCCUGACAGUGAUGGCCUAUGACCGAUUUGUGGCCAUCUGUCACCCUCUGCAUUACCUGGUCAUCAUGAACCCCAGACUCUGUGGCCUUUUCCUUCUGGAAUCUUUUUUAUUGAGUGCCUUAGACUCGUUAUUACAAGACUUAAUGAUUUUGAGACUGUCGUUUUGUACACAGUUGGAAAUGCCUCACUUUUUCUGUGAACUUAACCAAGUAAUCCAACUCGCUUGUUCUGACACCUUCCUUAAUGUCCUAAUAAUGUAUGUUGCUAGUGUGUUUCUGAUCUUAACCCCACUCGUGUGUAUAAUAUUAUCAUACUCUAAGAUCAUAUCUUCGAUUUUGAGACUUUCAUCAACUGAGGGGAAGUAUAAAGCAUUUUCCACUUGUGGGUCUCAUGUCUCUGUAGUUGCCUUAUUCUAUUGUACAUUUCUUGGGGUGUAUCUUAGUUCUACUGACAGCCAAAAUUCCAAAGAAAGUGCAGUAGCCUCGGUGAUGUACACUGUGAUCAUUCCCAUGUUAAACCCAUUUAUCUAUAGUCUUAGGAAUAAGGAUAUGAAGCGGGCCUUAAGAAAUCUCUUUAGCUGA